UGUGAUUACUGUGUCUUUUGCAAUUAGUUGAUGAACUUGAAAUUGUAUAUAUUGGCUUUUGUUAAAUCCAUCGUCAGUGUAGUCUGUUCUGGUGAUGAAGUGCAUAUGCAAUGAAAUAUAUUUUCUGAUCUUGAUUGAACUACUACUAUGGCUAAUAAUAUUUGAAUUUGCAAUUAAUGGCAGUCAGUGUUAUUUUCUUAGGAAAACAGAUUAUUAUGAUGCAAUAAUGCAAAAAAGGAUAUAGUUUGAUUUAAUGGUAUUGUGAUGAUAUGAUACCACGAGCUUCUGGUAUCACUUAUUGCGAUAUUAGAAGGCAUUUUGUGGAUGAUGAGAGAGAAUAAUAGGCCAAGUUUUACUAAAAGAUGUAUGAUUUAUAUCUCAUGUGAGAAGGGAUAUGAAAUUGCAGCAAAACUUUGAAAGAAGAGCUGUUGUUUGUGGAUAAUAAUAGAUAGGGUAGUGUUGUCCCCAAGUUUUUUUAGCUCUCUGGUUGUGAUUACUUUAAGUUUUGUUUGCGAUUGUUUAAUUUGUGAUGAACCUAAGAUUUUCUUUGUUGUUGAAUCCUUGCAUGAAAAUGGUUUGUACAGGUGAAGUGCUUUGCCUGUAAGUGAGAAUUGAGUUUUGAGUGCAGGUUUGCACGUCAGCAUGGUAAAAGAUCAUGCAUGCUUUGAGGGCAAAUCACAUGUUAUGGCUAUUUGAAUUUGAAAUAUACGGAAAAGAAGCAGAAAUUAUGCAGCUUCUUAUUUAAUUUAUUCAGUGAAUGCAUUAAACGGUGAAGCAUUAAUUGGCCUUAUGAAGACAUACAAGCUGAUACAGAGAGGAAGGAGCGAAAGUGCGAGGAAGCAACAGAGCAGAAUUGUUUCUAUCGCUACACUCUACAGUACUUGGGUAAAAAAAUGAGGAUGUGGUUAAUGAGAGAGUAUAGGAAAAGAAGAAUGCAACUUCUUCUUUUGGAUUUAGUCAAAACAUGCAUUAAAUGUUAUAGCAUUAAAUGCCUUUGUGAAGACAAACAAGCUGAUACAGAGGGGGAGGAGGGAAAGUGCGAGGAAGCAGCGGAGCUGAAGGAUGACGAAGCAUGCUGCUCCAUCCUUCUACUAUUUUUAAGCUGUUCUGCUUCUGUGAUUGUCUCUGCAGAACGUGGUCUUAAACAAGAGACAGCCAGUUACAGUCAGACACCAGAAUACAUGGCAGAAACCAACUACCUGCUUAGAGUAGUUAACUUCCUAUGGCAAGAAGGGCAGCAAGGUUAUGUGCAUGUUUGGCCUGAAAUGAAACUAGGGUGGAGAAUUAUUGUUGGUAGCAUAGUUGGAUUCCUUGGUGCUGCUUUAGGGAGUGUUGGUGGUGUGGGCGGUGGUGGCAUAUAUGUUCCCAUGCUUACUCUUAUUAUUGGAUUCGAUGCUAAAUCAUCAACAGCUCUUUCAAAGUGUAUGAUCACUGGUGCAGCUGGUGCAACUGUUUAUUACAACCUUAAGCUGAGACAUCCUACACUUAACUUGCCUAUCAUUGACUAUGAUUUAGCCCUUCUUUUUCAACCAAUGCUAAUGCUUGGGAUCAGCAUUGGAGUUUCAUUAAAUGUGAUGUUUGCUGAUUGGAUGGUUACAGUGUUAUUGAUUGUUCUUUUUAUGGUAACAUCAACCAAGGCAUUUCUCAAGGGUGUCGAGACAUGGAAAUUGGAGACCAUGGUUAAAAAGGAGGCUCUUAAACGCAUUGCAUCUAAUGGUACUGAAGGUGAAGGUGAAACAGUGGCGUACACACCUCUACCUGGAGGCCCUAAUAACAAUCCCCCCACUGCAUCUAGUGAAUCUAAAACAUCAGAGAUUUCUCUUUUUGAAAACAUCUACUGGAAAGAGCUUGGUAUUCUUGUUGCUGUCUGGGUCAUUAUUCUCGCGCUACAGUUAGCAAAGAACCAUAUGGAACCUUGCUCGCCAAUAUACUGGGUUUGGAAUCUAUUGCAGAUUCCUGUGGUUGUUGGGGCAUCUGGAUAUGAGGCAGUUAGCUUAUACACUGGAAGAAGAGUAAUAGCUUCUAAGGGUGAAGCAGGAACAAAUUAUAAAUGGCACCAGCUUGUUCUUUAUUGCUGUUAUGGCAUUGUAGCUGGUAUGGUAGGUGGGCUGCUUGGUCUUGGUGGUGGAUUCAUUUUGGGGCCACUGUUUCUCGAGCUGGGAAUUCCUCCGCAGGUAUCAAGUGCAACUGCAACCUUUGCAAUGACUUUCUCAGCCUCCAUGUCGGUUGUAGAAUAUUACCUAUUGAAGCGUUUCCCAGUUCCAUAUGCUCUGUACUUUGUUGCUGUGGCCAUGGUGGCUGCCCUGACAGGACAACAUGUGGUAAGAAAGAUAAUCGACUUUCUGGGGAGAGCGUCCUUGAUUAUCUUCAUAUUGUCCUUCACAAUAUUCAUAAGCGCAAUCUCUUUAGGUGGGAUUGGAAUAGUAAACAUGAUUGACAGGAUGGAGAGAAAUGAGUACAUGGGGUUUGAAGAUAUGUGCGCAUAUAAACCUUGAUGCUGAAGCUUCUGUUCAAUCAAAACUCGCGAUAAGUUCCUCAAGCACCAGGAAUCAGUUUACUCAUGUAUUUCGCCUUAAAUCUUUGAACUCUUGAUGUCAAUAAAUUUGUAUCGUUAAAGACAAAAUAGUUGUUUGAUUUUGAUCUUCCAAAUUCAGUGUUAACAUUUAAGUCUGCUUUUGUUCGAGUUUUCACUA